CCCGCGGCUGCCGCGCGGCCUGGCAGCGAGCGGAGGCGGCAGCCGGCGCUGCAGUGCCCGGCAGCCACAGCCCGGCAGAUCAGGUGGUUGCAGAGCCGGCGAGCGGCAGACGAUGCAGCUCGGGAGCCAGCGCAGGCUCCGCCAGCAACCGGAGCUGCUCUCCAGGACCAGACGACCUCUGCGCUUCCAUCUCGCACAGAAAUGAGGUGCUGAUACUGCACGAGAGACUACGGCAGCAAUGGAAUACCAGGUACUGAAUACGUCUACCUGUCUGCUGGUCCUUCUGUGUUUCACACCCACUGCCCUGGGUGUCUGUCCUUCUACCUGUACAUGCUCAGGAAACGACAGGAACGUGGACUGUUCAGGCAGGAACUUAACUAUACUGCCACACGGACUCCAAGACAACAUUACGUAUUUAAAUCUGUCCUUUAACCAGUUUGUAGAUCUCGAUCAUCAGCUAACGAGAUUCACCAACUUGAGGACCCUUGAUAUUUCAAAUAAUUGGCUCAAGAAUGUUCCUGCUCAUCUGCCCAAGUCCUUAUGGGAAUUAUAUGCCAUAAACAACAACAUUAAAGUUCUCCAGAAGCUCGAUACAGCUUACCAGUGGAACCUCAGAGUGCUGGACGUUUCCAGGAAUAUGGUGGAAAGAGCUGUUCUGAUCAACAACACGCUGAGCAGUCUCAAGUUUCUCAACCUCAGCAGCAACAAACUUUGGACAGUUCCAACCAACAUGCCCUACAACAUCGAGACGGUGGAUCUAUCCAGUAACUUCUUGUCCCAGAUACUUCCAGGAACGCUGCUGAGACUGCACCGCCUUACAAGCCUCUACCUGCACAACAACAAGUUCACGUACAUUCCCGACAAAGCUUUUGACCAGCUCCUCCAGCUGCAGCUCAUAACGCUGUACAACAACCCCUGGGCCUGCAGCGACGUACAAAACAUCCCGUACUUGCUGAAAUGGGUGCGGGGCACCGCUGCCGACGUGGUGGGGGCUCCCUGUGCUGCCCACGACGUGCUGUGGGCAGAGGCCACGCCAGCGCCCGCGGCUCCCGCGGCCACAGACCCCGGCCCCGUCAUCAAAGGGAUGAAGGCAGCAGACAAAGCUGCUUCUCCAGCGGCGACCGAACCGAGCAAACUGACAAAAAUGCAUAAACAAUUCAAAGCUAAGGAGGUUUCUACCUUGGCGACCUUCAGCCAAACCGUGCUGCUCGCCAGCACCGACCGAGCGCUGCUGCUGUACCCGGAGGCCCCGAGCGGGGCAGUGGGUUCUCAGGAGGCAGCAGCCACACACACCAUCCACUUCCAAGCCGCCGGCGGCGCCAACACCAGCCUGGCGCGCCCCACGGCCCCGGCCACCACCCCCAUGACCCUGAGCAUCACCAGCGGAAUGCCCACGAACUACUCCCGGCUGCCUCGAAGCACAACUGCUAGCUUACGGAAAGAGGAAUCCACGACAAGCGUCGCCAACACCCGCGUGCCCUCCGGAGCAAGUACCCGCGAGGUCUGUUUGGUGUACGCUGUGAUGCUCAACGCAGUGGCGAUGCGCAUUGGCUAAGGGCUUGGGAGAGGUACUGAGCUUAUUCCUGUGAUACACGGGUGGAGUUGAGACAUCCAGGUCAGGUAACGAAUCAAAAUACAAGAAAUUCAAAGUUCAGACACUGAUCUAAAGACAACAACAGUUCUUAAAGAAGUGCACACUAAUGUCUUGAUACUAAGCUGCUACUUAUUUUAAUGUCUUACUUGAGUAAAACUAACCUAUAAUUUUGGUUUUUAAAAUGUGCUUAUUUUGUAUUUAAAUUUUUAAUUUUACUCGCACAGAAUAAAGCAUCAGCAUUUUAAGUACUGAUUUUAUGUAUGAUUUUGUCAUUAAACAACUGGAAAAAAUAGAA